CGACGGUUGGUUGAGCUUGUCGGACGAAGCAGCGCUCAUUCUCAUUUUAGGGUUCUUCUGCCUGCAGCAAAGCAGGAGCUUCCCGUUCAUUCAGGAAUAUCUCUGCACAUGCAUGAUGCAGCAUCCCCUUGCGCAAGCUUGGUUGCUAUUGAAGUGCUUCUUUGUGAUGCUUUAGAGACUCAACAAUGGCCUCCCGAGUGUCUCGUCGCGUGUACGCACCGACUCAGGAAGACUGGUUGGUGGACGAAGACCUCGCUGUCCGCAAAGCUUCCACACCUUCCAAGCUUCAAGAAAGAGGAUCUUUCUUACACAAUGCCCCUUCUAAUCCGAAUAAUGAUGCUUUCUUAGAGAAGUUGCUGAAGGCGGGGCUUCGAGAUGACUUCCAACCUUAUCGCCACCAGGUUGAAGGCCUGAAAUGGAUGCUGGAGCAAGAGGAACGGACUAUGCCCUUGAAAGGCGGCAUUCUCGCCGAUGACAUGGGCCUGGGCAAGACACUGCAAGUGGUCUGCCUGCUUCUUCUGCAAGGCGCCAAGUCCUCUGUAGGCGCCUCCAACUGCGGGGGCACCCUGAUCCUUUACCCAAAAUCGGUCCUCCACGUCUGGCAGAAAGCGCUUGGAGCAGACAAGGAGGCCGAAGCCUACGUCAGAAAGGGCACGUUCCGAGUCCACGAAUGGAUGGGAGCCAGCCGCACGCAGAGCGAGGAGGAGCUUCUGAGAUACGAUGUCGUCAUCACAACGUAUGAAACGUACCGGAGCAACCAGAAGGGAACGGGGAUUGGGGGCGCGGCGGGGCGAGUGCUAUGGUCGAGAGUCGUUCUCGAUGAGGCCACUAAGAUUAAGAACCAGAAAACGGCGACGUUCCAAGCGGCAGCAGCCAUCAAGGCAACGUUCCGGUGGGCUUUGACGGCGACGCCCAUAGAAAACAGCGUGGAGGACUUUGUGAGCCUACUUUCAUUCCUCAAGUACCAACCGGAGCCCAAGAGGUUCCCUCUCCUUCGAGAGCUGGGCAGUGCGAAGACAACGGCAGAGGACUUUGAAGACCGCGAUUUUGCCGCUGCUUGGAAAACGGUCCUGCGCGCCACCACGCUGCGGCGCACCAAAGAGGCUCAGCUGACGUCAUUGGGCGUGAAGGACGUCAUCGUGGAGCGUCUCGCAAUGAGCGCGAGCGAGCGCGCGUUCUACGAGUCGGUUAAGGAGCGCGGGUUAGCGGGGGACUGCGGGAACCAUCUGGUGACCAUGCUGCGGCUGCGGCAGGCGGCGAAUGCGCCCCAGCUGGCAAAGCGGAAGGAAUCGGUUACGCGCGGUGGAAAGAGCAGCGGGCACAGAGGGGGACCUACGAAAUCAACAGACGGGGCAGAUGCAGAAACGACCGGGCACAUAAGCUCGUCAAAGAUCGACCGGUUGAUGCAUCAUCUAAGGGCGACUCUAGCCCAUCCCGAUGCGAAGGUCGUCAUAUUUUCCAGCUUCACAGGAAUGCUGGACGUCCUGGAGAGAACGCUUGAGUCCGAAAGCGUCCGCUUCGCGCGCCUCGACGGAACGAUGUCCACAACGGAACGGCAAGCGGCCAUUGCCCGCUACGAAACGCCCAACUCCGCUGACGGCGACUCCGGCGUUCCGGUCUUCCUCGUCUCUCUCAAAGCGGGCGGAACCGGACUGACGCUGCUGGGCGGCCCCCGGGCAGGCCCCCGGUUGGUCAUCCUUUUCGACCACUGGUGGAAUCCGGCCGCCGAGGCGCAGGCGAUCGAUCGGGUGCACCGGAUCGGCCAAAAGAAUCAAGUCAAGGUGAUUCGCUUUGUCAUGGAGGAUACCAUCGAAGAGGCCCAAGUGUCGAAGAAGGACGACAAGAGUCUGCUUUUCAGGGCUGUAUUUGGUCCCAUCGAGGACUCGUAAAAUAUUCAAGUGUAUAGAAAUAGGCCGGCAGUACUCAAAUGGGUGCAGGCAUGCACGCCGUAUCAAGGGGCUACAGUCGUCCAUUGAGUAAGCCAAGUAGAAAGUCUUCUCGGAGAGUAGGUCAGUAGCCACAACGUUCUCAGUGACCGUGUUCGGUGCAGCAAAGUCUCUUAGGCUGCAAUCCUUGGAUCGGCGAACGUAGACUUCCAUCUUGAACUUCAGGACAGUAUAAUGUCACAGUCUAGGUUGACAAAAGAUUCGAAGGACGGUCAUGGUCAGAAGCAAUUCCCUUGCUAAUCGGAAAAGAGUAGUCGUGAGUUGGAGUGUAUAAAGGCAGUACUAGAAAGCGGCGGCAUCAGCCAAGCCUCGGUCAAAAUGAGUCGACGGUGAGCUCCUUGCGGCUAUGGUAGGCUGGUUCAGAUGUGCUCUGUACAUUUUUGUGUAGGUAGGAAAGUAGGUCGAGAGAGAAUUUUACGUGGUAGCGAGGGGUUCGCAUCGAGUAGCAUGAUCAAAAGGUCAAUAUAACGUGCAGUCCGACUGGAACCCUGCCAGAGUGUUGAGAAACGAUGACUCAUGGUUUCUUUGAGAAGCCCUUUAACCGUCCAUAUGGCAAUCCGGAAA